UGAGCGGGAGGGGGAGAGAGAGAAAGAGAGAGAAACAUCUCCCAUCUGUGUGUUUAUGCUCUUUACAGUGUAAGAAAGGCAAGCAACAGAGAAACAGGCUGUAUGAUGAGCUCAAGAGGGAUUUUUACAGAUGGGAUGCAGUCCCUGCAGGAGAUGUCAACCCUGUGACUUCCUUCACUAAUGAUCCUCUCUGAUCUUUGACGUACCCGCUCAGAGCUCGCUUUCCCACCUGAGGAGUCUGUUUCCAGAGUUUCUCUCCCCUCGCAGACGGACCGAGUCAACUGGAGAACAUGUCAGAGCUCAGCUCCAAAAAACAAGGAUUUAAAAAAUGCCGGAGUGCCACUUUCAGCAUUGAUGGCUUCAGCUUCACUAUUGUGGCGAAUGAAACCGGAGAAAGCAGUGCGAGACCUCUGGCAAGAUUCGCACGUUCCAAGUCCCAGAAUGCUUUGUGGAACGCCAUCACAGCAGGCAUCGGGAUCAAGGACAAGGACAAGCGGGGUAUCCUGAUUGACCCACGGAGCCCGGAGGAGAUUCUAGCUGAUGACCUGCCCUCUGUCGACAGUCCUGAUGCCAUGGAGAAGACCGCCAUCAGGCUCAGAUGUUUGGUGAAACAGUUGGAGAGAGGUGAGGCUUCUGUUGUCGACUUGAAGAAAAACCUAGAAUAUGCUGCAUCCGUUUUGGAAUCUGUCUACAUUGAAGAAACUAGGCGGUUGGUGGAUACAGAAGAUGAGCUCAGUGACAUCCAGUCCGACUCUGUUCCCUCAGAAGUGCGUGACUGGCUGGCGUCAACUUUCACACGUCAGAUGGGGCUGAUGUUGAGACGGUCGGAGGAGAAGCCACGAUUUCGCAGCAUCGUGCACGCUGUGCAAGCAGGGAUAUUUGUGGAAAGGAUGUACCGACGGACCUCCAACAUGGUGGGGCUGAGCUAUCCGCCCAGUGUGAUCACGGCCUUGAAGCAUGUGGACACAUGGUCGUUUGACGUCUUCACACUGAAUGAUGCCAGCGGAGAUCAUGCACUGAAAUUUAUUUUUUAUGAACUUCUCACCAGAUAUGACUUAAUCAAUCGCUUUAAGAUCCCCGUUUCUGCUCUGGUGUCUUUUGUGGAGGCCUUGGAGGUGGGCUACGCCAAACACAGAAACCCUUACCACAACCUAAUCCACGCCGCAGACGUCACCCAGACAGUGCAUUACCUCCUGCUCAAGACCGGCAUGGUUCACUGGUUAACCGAGUUGGAGAUCUUUGCUAUGCUGUUCGCCGCUGCUGUGCAUGAUUAUGAACAUACCGGCACCACCAACAACUUCCACAUACAGACCAGAUCCGACACAGCCAUACUAUACAAUGACCGCGCCGUACAGGAAAACCACCAUGUGAGCGCUGCAUAUCGCCUUCUGCAGGAAGACGAUGAAAUGAACAUCCUCUACAAUUUGUCGAAAGAUGACUGGAGAGAAUUGCGGGCCCUGGUGGUCGAGAUGGUCCUGGCCACUGACAUGUCCUGUCACUUCCAGCAGAUUAAAGCCAUGAAGAACUUCCUCCAGCAGCCAGAAGCGAUCGAUAAACCCAAGGCCUUAUCCCUGUUACUGCACACCGCUGACAUCAGCCACCCCGCCAAAAACUGGAACAUGCACCAUCGCUGGACCACCUCACUGCUGGAGGAGUUCUUCAGACAGGGUGAUAAGGAGGCAGAGCUUGGCCUUCCUUUUUCUCCUUUAUGUGAUCGCAAGUCUACCAUGGUGGCCCAGUCUCAGAUCGGUUUCAUUGAUUUCAUCGUGGAGCCCACCUUCACUGUGCUGACAGACAUGAUUGAGAAAAUCGUGACUCCGCUGAUCGAAGAAGCCUCCCCCUCCGGCCUGACUGGAUUCAGGCGGUCCAGUCUGAAUAACAUCCCGUCGGACAGUAAACGGUGUACAGUGAGAAGCACUGGUUCGGAGGGCGGCAGUUCGUUGAACUGCUCUGUAAACGCUGUCGAUUUUAAGACCUUCAAAAGCACCUGGAAUGAGGAAGUGCAUAAAAACAGAGAAAAAUGGAAAGCACAAGCCGCAAAAGAUCUGGAAGAGAAGGCCAAACAGGAAGAGAACGAGGAGAAAGAUAAUAAAACCGACACAGGCACACAAAGCAGUGACAGCAAAGGCGAUAAUACUAAAAAAGAAGACAACAUCAACACGGACUCAAGUGUGAAAUCUCAAGACAAACGGAAGGAAGACACAAGACAAGAGAAGGAUUCAAAGAGAGAUCUAGAAGCUACAGGUGAUAACAAGGAGCCCACAGAGCAACAGCCCAGAGAGAAAGAGGGUAAUAAAGACCCAGGGGGGGUCAAUGGGGCUCAAACACCAGCGUCUGACGCCAAAGAGCACGAGACCAGCAGUAAGCGAGCACACAAUGGGAAGGAGGAACUGAACUCACCUGACAGUGACGAGAGUGAAAACAAGAGAUCGGACGACUCAGAAGACGAGCACAGUAACUGUGGGAUGUCCCCCUCUUCACUGGCAGACAGUGCAGCCGCUGCAUCUGCGCCUGAUGCAAACUAACAGCACUCCAAAUCCUGUACUAUGCUGUCACCUGGUGGUUAUCUUUUAUUAUUCAUCCUUUUUUUUUCUUUCUUAUUUGAGGACAUUUCACAUCUUAAAAUCAGAUCUUUUUGUCUCUGAUGGAGUUUAUUUUUUCAUACUUUGUUUAAUUCACAUCUGUCUUCGAGGAUGUACUCCAGAUUUUAGUUCAGAGAUACACAAAACCAUAGAGAACUGAGACUUUGGCAUGAAACGGAUGUACAAAAGUCAUGCAUGGUGCCGCGGUGGCUUUUGGAAACUGUUGGCACCAAAGCUACACGCAUGAAGAUGAAAUGUGUGCCGUGUCAAGUCGAUGGAGACCAACCCAGCUGAUGUUCUUCCCUUGGGGACAUCGUGACAUCUGCCGACCACUCAAGCGCCAAACCAGCAUAGACAGCGAGCGGAGAACUUCAAAGAACUUCAGUCCCUCAGAGCGCUCAUGCAACCAGAUCACCUUCAGCGGGCAAAGAAUGUCUGCAGAACUGCUGUUCAUUUACCUCUUAUUUUUAUUUGUUAGUUGUAAAUUUGAUGUUGCUGUCCUCCUGUUUUUUGUUUUGUUUUGUUUUUUUCUGUGUAUGAAACUGUACAGUUUCCAUCAUGUGUGUCUUCUGUACAUAUGCUUUCAGGAGCUUCUUGAUAUCAAACGGUGUAUGUGAUUGAGGGUUUAAUCGUUUGUAUAAUGGCCCAUAACCCUUUGCCAAUAUCCUCGCCAAUGUCACUUUGAUCAUAGAAGAUUUUUUUCACAAAUUGUUCCGUUCUGUCACAAUAUGACAUCAUUUUGACAACUAUUCAAAUGAUUUUGUUACAUGUGAUUUGCGCAACAUUUAUCUACGUUAGCUGGAUAUUGUGAAAUUAGAAAGAAAAUGAAGGCUUAUACAGAGGAGUCCAAAAGUCUGAGGCCACACUGAAAAUCUGAAGAAAAAAACAAGUUGUAAUAUAUCAAAAUGCAUGUUAUGUUAUGAUGUAAAAUUAGAAAUGUAUAUUUAAUUAGUAAAUAUUAAUGUACAUU